GUAAUCAUCAGUGUUAGACUAGUGUUUUUUGUUUAUUUUUUGAUGCGACAAUGACCAAAAGACUGUCUGCUCUGGUUGUUCUCACUAUAGCUUCUCUGACUCAAACUAAUGAGGUUCCUCAUCAGAUCCCUUUGAAAGUGGUUGAAGUUGGCGGGAAUGUUACUCUGCGUUGUCCAGGUUCUAACAAGGAUGGCAACUUCUUCUACUGGUACAAGCAGCCGCUUGGACAUAUGCUCCAGACAGUUGCUACAUCAGUUUUAGGAGAACAGAAACUGAGUGAACAAUUUCCCGACAAUCGCUUUAAAUUUGCGGCAGGAGAUUCUCAAUACUCUCUUAUUAUCAAGGAUAUCAUUAAAGAGGAUGAAGCAACAUAUUUCUGUCAAAGUGGGACUGCUUAUUUUCAGAGAUUUUCUACAGGGAUAUACUUGGCCGUAAACGAUUGUAAAAGUCAAACACUGACUCAUGUCAGACAAACUCCAGAAACGACAUCAGUCCAGGAGGGGGACACAGUUAAUCUCCACUGUUCUCUUCUCUCCAGCAGUAAAGACACCAGUCAUAAUCUAUCUGAUUACAAUGUGUACUGGUUCAGAGCUGGAUUUGGAGAAUCACAUCUGAAUUUUAUUUACACCCAGAAGAACAGGAGUAGUAAUAGAAGCUGUGUCUCCCAGCUGUCCAGAACUAUACAGAACUCCUCAGAUACUGGGAUGUAUUACUGUGCUGUGGUCACAUGUGGAAAGAUCUUGUUUGGAGAAGGAACUAAAGUAAAGAUGAGUUCACAAUUCAAUCCAGCUGUUCUUGUACUUAGUGUGCUGUUGGCGUGCUGUGUGACGCUAAUUAUUUCUCUUAUUGUCUACAUAAAACAAAAAGUUUUUGGACAUUUGGAAGGGGCAAAUACAGGUCCGUCUGGACGACAGAAGACAUUGGGAAACCAACCAAGUGACACAGGCGCUCGUGGAGAUGAAGUCAAUUAUGUAGCUCUUAAUUUCUCUACAAGGAAGACAAAAGGUGUAAAGAAGAGAACAGAAUCACCACCAGAGUGUGUGUACUCAGCUGUGAGAGGAGGUCAUCCCACACUGCAUGAAAUGUCUUAGAGCAGGACUUGUGUGUGUAGAGUUUGGACACAACAUGCUUGCAUGACUGACAACAAAUUAACAUUGUGCAUUUGUUGGUUUUGCAUCUCUGCAAAUUUUACUAAAAUUUACUAAAAUGUUUUAAACCAUGUUUUUUUUCAAACUUCUUCUCAUAGAAUUGGAUGAUGGUAUAAAAAGUAACUCUGUAUAAAAAUUGUUCACAAUAAAGAUU